AUGAAUCGCAAAUCAUCCUGCUCAAGCAAUCAAGACAGGGCUAGGGGCCUAUUGCUUACCGUAGCAGUACCGGACGGUCUAGGAGGUAAAUUUUUCAUAACACGAGAACUUGAAGAGGGGGAACGCGUCAUCGAAAGUUUCAUAAAGGAAUUCAGCCAACAUCAGGAAGAAUGGGAUGCACUGAGGACUACUGCAUUAAAAAUCAUCAAGAAUGGCCUGAGUAAUCUCGGCAUACGGGCGCGAGUAACCAGUCGAAUCAAGUCUGUUCCGUCGUUGCGGAAGAAGCUGCGCGAAAGAAACAAACGAAAGGGGUACGUCGACAUGGACAGCAUUCUAGGUGAUCAGGUCGACCUCGUCGGUAUUCGGAUCUCCCUAUUCUUCCCCAACCAACAGCCUGAGGUGGUUCAAAUGCUCAAGAAUGUCUUCAACUAUGAUUCUACUCGCUGCUUCCACCGAGACUGGAAGCCCAGAAAGUUGCAGAUCUACGAUAAGAUGAAUGGAGAAUAUGGAGCAGAUCAUCUUUGGUUACGCCUAAACCAAGAUGCCCAAACUCCUACGGAGUUACCGAAAUCUGGGAAACACCUUGAUCAAAGAUUUGAGGUUCAGCUCCGAUCAUUGUUAAUGGAUGUUUGGUCUAGUAUGAGUCAUGAUCUAGAAUAUAAGUCGCUCACAGGAACUCCUUCUGUCGCCGAGUACCGGCUUCUCGACCUACUUAAAGGAUCUGUUGAAAACGUCGAUAUUGAAAUUCGCCAAGCCCAUGAGACACAGCGUCGUGAAACUGAGGACAAACAAUUGGCAUCUUCCGCAGAGUUGGGGGAAAUUCUCUCAGAGUAUUUCCGGCAAGACGGGUCUCAGGAAGCUCCUCAAGAUGACAUUGACCUAUUCAUCACAGUGCUGAAGGGAGUGGCUCCAACCGCACCUCCCCAAGUUGGGCAAGGUUUUGUCAAAUGCGCAGGGCAACUUACAGCACUUCGUGAUCUGCAUCUAAAACGUCUCGAAACUGACAGAAAGCCCUUGUGUCUCGAUGGCGUGAACAAACUCCUCGCAGACCACACGCCACAGGGCUUGCUUAUGGAAGUACCUAUGGGGGACACUGAGCUCUUGUUCUCAAUGCUAAAACGCAUGGAUGCCAAUACACCUCGUGAAUUAAGGAGGUUUAUGUUGAACCGGGAUAUCAGAGGGCGCAUGCACAAGGAUAUCAAAUCCUGGAGCUGUGGUGUUAAUAUACUACCGCCGACAAUAUCUCUUUAUGUGACGAAGAGGAUUCUGGUCGGAAUGGGGCGUGAAAACCUUACGCCCGAAGCCCAGCGACCCUUGUGGUACUAUACAAAUAACUUGAUUUCGACGGCUCAAAAGGACUGGGUUGACUCCACUUUCUUUGAUCCCGGUGACAAUUUCCACAGCCACUCCUUGUCACAAGCUCUGAUAUGGCUCUAUCAUGUCUUUGAUGGAUCGGCGGAAACAUUACGCCAUGCCUUAAAGCCUUGCCAAAUUGAACGGUGCACGAUGAUUUGGAUUGCGGUAUCGUCUAUUGCCUGCCUCUACAGUUUACACCACAUUGCGGAGCUUUCAUUUUUUCAUUUAUUGCCGAAUCCUCUUGAAUUGGUGGGCAAGAGAACUCAAUCUAUGCGUCUGAAUUCUGAAACUCAAAGCCAUGACCAUAUUCUAGACGAACACAAUAGUCCAGUGGUUAAGUCUCAGAAUCAGUGUCUUUUUGAGUUUAUACGACAGCUCCACUUCAUUGAUCUCGAGUCUUGCAAUAGAGGAGUCGAAAAGUUCUCGUCCGAAACAAGGGAAAGAAUUUUGAGAUACUGGGGGAUUGAAAUUCAUGAUGGAGUCUUACUGAAAAUGCGCAUCGCAACCUGGCUUGCUUGUAUUAAAGAAUAUGAUCUUCUUGAGGAGUUUAUUGACCGCAAAUGCAACUUGGCCGGAACUUCUCGUGGGUUUGAAAUUAUGCAAAAGCUAUCUCAAUUAGCUACAAAGUUUAAUAAUGAAGAGGUGAAAAUUUUCACUGAUUCAAUGAGACGUGAGAGUGCUUAA